UUGGUCGAGCACCAGGUUCCACUACGUGCUUCCUAUCCAGGUCUUACCAAAAAGACGACGCAAUGGAAGCCCACUUCGGGUGGCCUAAGAAAGACGACGUGUUCCGUGAGUUGCAGAGAAUCCGACGAAAAGAGGGCUACCAUAUAAUAUUUCAGAAUCCAAAAGGAAAGGGCAGUAUUAGGAAGAAUUUCCCGCAAAGCACUACCGGUUUUUAUGUCAGUUUACUCUUCUACCACGCUACAGAGAGCCCCGGGAUGGACGUCAAAUACUCCAAAAAAUCUGAUGUCGACAACUGCUACAUGAAUGCAGAAGUACGCAGGGGAAGCUCGGUACAAUGUACCUGUUCCAAGUCCGACACCGACAAGAAUUCUGACAUCCAAGGCCCUGUUCUUCUGAAGAAAGGAGAUUAUUCUUUGAUGCAGUUUCAUAUGACUGGGACUGAAGGCAGGUUCAUCAUGGACGCCGAAGACUUCGGCGGACAUACGUUCGACGACCGCCGGCUAGACUACAUCCGAGUUAAUGUGUCAGAGAGUGCUCCACUGCAGGAAUUCCACGUGACGCAGGAUCAUGAGGGCUUUCCCAGUCAAUACUUUCUUGUGAACAGCGCAACGCUGCCGCUUCCUGGUACUCCGGCAUAUGUACAAGUCGGAUCUGUUAUGACAGUCACUGGAAGACCCGAUAGCUCCGGGUUUGCGGUCAAUGUCAGGUUGUCGAACCAGAACUUCGAGACGACGCUGAAUCUGGGCUUCCCAUCACGAGGAACACAGUUCAACAUCACCGUCAGGAUACUGGCCAAUGCUGUGGUAUUGGACGCCAGCUUCGUGAACGGACCCAAAGUAGUAGAGAGUAGCGACUCACUGAAGGACACAGAUCUCUAUUUUCUCAACCUGGAAAUUCUGAAUAUGAUACAUGAGUGUGGCAUCGGCAAUGAUUGAGUUCCGAAACGGUCUGUUGUGCCUCUUUUUCAACGAGGGUGCAGUUGCUGGUGAGCUACAUGGAAACAGCUCCGCCUGUCUGUGUGUUGUUCCAGUGCCAUUCUUUGCAUGGUUUCUGUCUUCUUGUUUAAGUUUUGUUUGAAUUGCAAAUAAAAUGCGGUGCAAAAUAAACA